AUGUGGUGUCAAGGUACUAUUUUGCAUACUUUCCUGACCGCGGCUUCGAUUUGGUUACUCGUCGUCGCGCUAGCUCUUGACGAAGAUGGAGACAAAUGCAGGGGCAAGGUACAGACGACUCCAAAGGGAUACGAAGAAGGAAACAGCGUUAACGACUGUACCCUGUCGGGUGCGGACGACGAUGUGGCGUCCCAAGUCGCAGAAUCUACGAAAGGAGAAUGCGAAAACAACGGUCCCGGAUUCGCGCCUGAGGCCGAGUAUGAGUUGAUACUCACGACACGAGAGGCUUUGGCUGAGUACGGAGUUCACGUUUCAAGUGAGGGUGGACAAAUUAUACAUCUUGCUUAUCGAGAUCGCAUUGCGAUCCCCCUUGUACCCCAACUCCUGCACGAUAGUAAGACCGAAUACCACGACAGGGAGCUCAUCAGGAGUGGCUUUAUACGAGAUCGGCAAGAAGUCGUCUUGGUCCGAUCCAGAAGCUUGGAGCAAGCAGUCGUUUGCGGAACUUGCUUUCGUGGAGGACGAUAUAGCGUGGUUCGAUUAAAGUCGACGAAAACAGACGACGAAGGACGUCACGUGUACACUUUCGAGAAGCUUAUUCAUCCUCGAUGGCGACCACACGCGUUAUCAUUCUCUAUUGCAGCUGAUUUGGUGGUCAUCAGAGGCAAUAGGCAACCUCGUGUCGGCAGCCGCAUCCUCAUGACCUGUGUCCGAAGCGGAGACAUGCCGAUACUCUUUACCGAUUUCCUGUGGUCAACACCACAUUUAGCAAGGUACCGACCGGGUCCUUUCAAGGAGGAAGUUACGAUCCAGGACGUUGAGGCAUUUGCUGGCUCAAUCCCACAUACGAUUGUACUGAAGGCUACGCUGAGUUCCUCGAAAAGCUCGGAUCGUGUGGUCCAUCAUUUGACAGAGAACUCGAGCUUUUUAUUUUUCGGAACGGUUCCCGCUCCUUCACCGUCCCUGAGCGCCUUUGUUCUCGGGUCUCUGAAGACAGACUCAAGAGGCACGGUGGAAAGAUGUGACUCCGCCGGCCCGGUAUUCCUAUCAUCUUCGUACUGGAGAGAGAUCAGAAACCUAGCACCCACGACACAUGAACUGGUAGUACGUCGGAGGAAGUUUUGUCGCUGGAUUGCUUUUGGUUUAACCGUCGCAGCAGCUCUAUUCGGCUGGCUGGCGUUCGCCGGCUAUGCGCGAAAUACGUUGGAACAAAUGUUUGCCAUGCGACAGGCAGGUUUCAGGAAUACAUUUUCAAGCUGGAUCCGACAGAGGUAUGGAAUUGAUCGGCACGUAGUGGCAACUUUCGCAAAUAGUGUUGACCCUCACAAUAUAGGGUUGGCGGCUUUCCGUGUCUACCAAAAUAACAGUCGUAACCUAACCCCUGGAGACCCGGCGAAUGACAUCCGCGAGGGCUCUAUCGCUCUGCUCAUGCGUGCAAUUGGAGCGUCUGGCCUGGCAGCAGUAGCAGCAGUUGCUGCAACAGUUCUGCCGUUUAAGCUAGCUCGAAAGGCUCAUCGAUUUUUGAAGGCAAAACGGUUGAUUCGCAGGGGUCGUCAGCAGGUCGCAAACAGUGCACAAACUACAGUAGACGGAAUGCGGGAUUCUGAACGAUCAAACGAACAGAGGAAAGGUUUCAUCUUUGCAGUAGUAUCUUGA